AUGGCAGAAAAUAAUAAUCCAUAUUAUGUCAAUUUGAUGACUAGUCAUUAUCCAUGGGAAGAUCAAUAUGAAGAGCAAUCGUUUCAACCGGACAUACUCGAAGAAAAUUCGGUAAAAGAUGUACCAUUGCAAAAGAAGUUGAUGCGAAAAUCAAAAUAUCGGAUCGAAGAAGUCAUCUUGCUUGUAUCUGCAUGGAUCAACACUAGCAUUGAUCCAAUGCAAGGGACAUUGCAAAAAUAUGCCACAUUUUGGAACCAAGAAGCAACUUAUUAUCAUGAAAACAAAACAUUCAGUAGCGAUCGUGAUCAAAAAGGGUUAGAGCACCGUUGGUCGGCUAUUCAAAUUGCAGUUAGUAAAUUUUGUGGGUGUUUUAAUCAAAUUAAAGCAAGAAAUCAAAGUGGCUUGACAGAGAAUGACAAGGUUCCAUCCAAAGUGGCUUGGCCAAUUUUCAAUGAAAAAGCUAAGAAGUCAAAAAAUUCAAGUCCUGCUACAUCUUCUCCUGCAACUCCAGAUUCAAUAAAUUGCAGUGAAGAAGAAUGUCUUACUGAAGGUUUGUCAAGGCCCAUAGGUAGAAAGGAUACAAAAGAAAGGUUGAAACAAGGUAAAGACAAGCAUAUCGCUUCUGAAAUUACACCAGCGAUGUUGUUUAUUGAUGAAAUGAAGCAGGAUCGGAAAGAAAAAGAAACAAAGAGAACAAAAUUAUUUGAUCAAAUUUAUGUUCAGGAGCAAGAGCGCAUAAAGAUAGAGCAAGCCAGACUACAGUUCGCUCAAGAAGCUCAAAAUAUCAAAAAGGAAAAAAUGCGAUUGAAAGCUAUGAAACAAGAUGAGAGGAUUACGGUAAUUAACACUGAUGGCAUGCCUCCAUUACAAGUAGAGUAUUACAAUAAGCUGAAGAUGGAAAUUCUUGAAAGACAAUUUGGUGGUGGUGGUUCAAAUUAG